AUCUGAGGGAGGGGGUUCCCAGAAAAUACCUCCUCCUGCUGUUCCUCAGCUCUAUCUCGCGAAUAUCAAACACUCGUCGUCUCCAUAUUGGAAGCAGACAUCAGAAAACACGGAGAAGCCGUUUUUGACGAUCGCUUAAACGCACAGAUGUCGGCGUCCUCCUCUAUAGCUCCAGGAGUUUAACCGCAAGCGUUCAGACAUCGCGCGGGUCAUUUAUUCAGCCUAAAUUUGGAGGUUUCGUGGUCAGCUCGCUAACGCUAUCUUAUAUUAGCAAUCCAGCCUCCAACUACUUGUUAGCCAUUCGGCGCUGUCGCAAUUGAUUUUUGUUAUGCGCAUUUGUACGGGCUGAUUGAUCAAAUGUGUGUCCGCGACGCGUAUUUUAAUGCAACAAAACGCAAAGAUUAGUGGUCGGGUGCAGUCCGUUCGCCCACGCUAGCCUUGAGCGACAGCAGUCUGCUGCUGGCUGGAGAUCUGCCAUUAACUCAACUAACGUUAGCUGUUAGCACAACCUGAAACACGGACACGGCCAGAACUCGCUGGAAAAAGGAGCUAACAUCUCGUUUCCAUGGACAACACGUCCAUAAUAACGCAGGUUACGAACCCCAAGGAGGAGGAGAUACUCUCGUCAAAUGCUGAGAAAGUUUCACUGUCUAACAGCAGUCUGAAGAAGAAGAGGACUCGCAGCAUCUUCAGCUCAUUGUUCUGCUGCCUGAGAAGUUACGAUGCAGAGCCCCCCAACACCCCCAACAACAACAGCAGCCCUCUGCCCCCGCCUGUGGAGGAGAACGGAGCUCCACCAAAGUGUGACCAGGUUGAGGUCAUCCCUAUCCCCAGUCCUCCAGAGAAGUACCUCCUCCCUGAGGUUAACAUAAAUGACUAUGGGAAGAAGUGUGUGGUAAUAGACUUGGAUGAGACUCUGGUGCACAGCUCAUUUAAGCCCAUUAGCAACGCUGAUUUCAUCGUCCCAGUGGAGAUCGACGGCACAGUGCAUCAGGUGUAUGUGCUCAAAAGACCUCACGUUGAUGAGUUCCUGCAGAAAAUGGGCGAGCUGUUUGAAUGUGUGCUUUUCACAGCCAGUCUAGCCAAGUAUGCUGACCCGGUGGCUGAUCUGCUGGACCAGUGGGGUGUGUUUCGGGUGCGACUCUUCCGGGAAUCCUGCGUUUUCCACAGAGGGAACUACGUCAAAGACCUUAGUCGGCUCGGGAGAGAGCUCAGGAACGUCAUCAUCGUGGACAACUCCCCUGCUUCCUACAUUUUCCAUCCUGAAAAUGCUGUUCCCGUGCAGUCGUGGUUUGAUGACAUGAAUGACAUGGAGCUCCUGGACCUGCUGCCUUUCUUUGAGGGACUGAGCAAAGAGGAGGACGUGUACGGGGUGCUGCAGAACCUGAGGGGCAGGUAGCAGUCUGAGCCGCAGUGCUCGGCGGUGAGGGGCCAGUGUGAGUCCUCCGAAGGAGCCGCUCCGCUCCCAGCUCCUCGCUCCUCGCUCCUCCCUCCUCCAGCCUGCAGUCCUCACCUCACCCAUACCACCGACGCUCCCAACCAGGACAUGCACAGUGACAUAAACAGACUUUGAACAUUUAAUGGACACUCAAAUAUUUCUCUUUCGAAAAGUGCUUAUGAUAAACCAAAAAAAAAAUCAACUACUACUUUUUCUUUCCCUUUUUUUAAAUGAAAUAUCCAAGUCAUAACCAUUCUCUGAGGUGUUGCUAUGCAGGUAGAAAUCCGUAUGGUUAAAGGACUGUGGGGUUUCCUCCGACCCAACAAAGUGCCUUUUUUGAAUGUAAUUUUUACUAGGAAAAUUAACAUUUUGUACACAACAUAUUUCCAGAGAACCUAAUCUUUACAAGAAUAUAUGCUUUAAAACAGAGGCAGGUCAGACUCUUUUUAUAAAAGCACUGUUAAAGAGGCCAGAGAUUUUUAAUUAUGUAAAGCUGGGUACACGUCUCCAUCUUUGUUCUUCUUGUGCUCCUUUUAUUUUAGAUUUAGCUUUAGCUUGUGCCAUUAUAUAGACCGAGACUAUUAUCUAGACUUGUAUGUUUAGUUUGUUUUCUAAGAGGAAAGGAAUGCAUUUGCACUUGUUAGGUUACUCGUCUCCAAUACCACAGCCUCUUUUGCCAACUAACCAAGAAGAAACAGUCUUAAACCGAAGAUUGUAUCGUGCCAAUCGCUAAUAUUUGUCUCGCAAUCUGAUGCUGAAGUACGUUUUGUUUUCAGCAAACAGGCCUGACGCUAAUAUUGGUGCUGGAGACAAAUGUUUGGACAUUUCAAAAACAGAAUUUUAGCCGCUAGUCUUUUUUGAAACUACGUUGAUCUGAAUGCCUUUGGUGAAGUAGUGUAGACACUGCAGUUGUUCCCCCCAGGUAGUGUUUUUAAGGGGAAGUGUCCUUUAUGGAAACCAGGAUGCACAAUUGCAAAUGUAUCCCUUUUAUCAUUUUUAAUUCUUUUCUGUUUGAGUCCUGAGUUAUUGAGAAUUGAUACAGGUCCAUCUUUAUAUUUUUAAUUAGUUUCAACUUGUUUUACACCAUACCCUGCUGCUGCUACCAUUGUAUACUACACUACAAAAGACCUCCCUGUAGUAGGGUACCAGCCCAGGGACUAGAGCACUGUGCAGCUUGUUCCAGAGCAUCGUCCCAACGGGAGUACGGACGCAGUAGGCCCUUAAAGGGUUUGACUCUUGUCCUCUUGCUCUCCUGAAGAGCUAAGCAGAGCCCUUUUCUCCCAGUGAGAUUCUGAGGGGGUUUGAAAGUGUUUGGUGCAAGCUGUGCAGAAUCUCCAUCACCGCAGUGCCUAAGAUGAGAGGAGCAGUGGCGGGAUGUCCCGAUCUGCUGCUGGACUGGCAAUAACCUCUCUCUCGUUCUCUCUCUGCCCAGAGUCCACCACGUCACAGUUUGGUCACUACACAUUGUCCUUUUUUUGUUUUUCCCCUCAGUCUUUCAUCGUCUACCUCUCUCUCUCUUCAUCCUGUUCCGCGACGGAGAACGAUUCAUUCUCACGUUUAUGAUCUUCUGUCAGUAUUUGAGAUGUAUGCUUAUGUUAGCCCACACCUGCUGUUCUGCUUGUUGAAGUGCUGUACAGCCUCUUCAAUCGUCGGAUCUUUCAGACUGCCUGGAUAUUUGGCUUGCUAUUAUUUUUGAUUCCUAGCUUUUCUUUCUAAUUGUGAAACACAAUACUUUUCACAUUU